GUGCUCGCAAAUCCUCUUUUUCGCCACAAAGAUACAUCUUUUAUAGCCCUCAUCUGCGUCUGCCUCCUCCGCCGCCAUUUAUGGGCAAGGGACCGCCGCCGCCGGCGAAUCUAGAGAGGUACGCCCGCGUCGUGGCCGAGAGGAUACGAAGAUCCAAGGUCGCCAAGCCGGACCUUAAGUGUCUGUCUUCGGUCAAAGAGGAGGCCGCUGCCAUUGCCGCCUCUUCUAGAGGUAUCCGACGGAGGAUGGACGAAAGGAAGAUGCAGGAGGGUCGCGUCCCUCUGAAGGACGUGGUAGCGGACUGCACCAGGCGGUGGUUUCAGGACACGCUCAAGGAGGCCAGGGCUGGGGAUGCUGGGAUGCAGGUUCUUGUUGGUCAGAUGUACCAGAGCGGCUACGGAGUAUCGAAGAACGAGCAAAAGGCAAAUGCUUGGAUUUCAAGAGCAUCAAAGUAUCGGAGUUCAGUUUGGAAGGUUAGCGACAAACGGCCAGGUUAUAAUGCCAGUGACUCAGAUUCUGAUGAGGAGAAGAUUAACAUCAAAUCAUCAGCAGAAGGACCUGGUUCAUAAGAUUCUCUGUCAGUGCAUCAACACCCAACUAUUUACUUUCCUGCAAGGCCUUUUGAUUCCCAAGGAUUGCAUGGUAGAUUUCCAAGAAUAAAUUUUGUUCAAGUUGUGCAACUUCUUCUCCCAGUCUUUUCAUCUAGGACUAGUUGUUGUAAUUGUAAAUGAGUUAUUAUAUCUGGAUAUACUAAUCCUUUCAAUCGUGUGAAUUAUUUUUAUUACGAAAGAAAUUAUGAUUUUUGAUAACCCACUUUUCUGGAUGCGAUCUUGGGUUGCCUGUGUUA